AACACGAGCCCUAGAAUUUGGGGAUUUCUGUUUGAACUCCAAUUUCGAAGAUUUUGUUUUCCCUUUUUUUUUUUGGAAAUUCCAGAGAUGGAGAGUGGCAACGUCAAUGGAGAGCCGAGCACUGCUCCGGAGCCUAAUAGAUGGUAUGAUAUCAAACUGGGACCUUCGUUCAAAGACACUCAUUCUUAUUCUCCCAGAUUCUGCACCUUACGAUAUGAAUUUAAACCGGCGUCAAUUGAUAAUACCCAACCAGGAUCAUUGCACAAGAGCAAGGAAAAUCGGGUCUCCGUCGAGUUUCAGAACAAUCAACGUGGAAAACCCAAAGUCAGCUUUGAGGGUGUUAGUGAGGAUUAUAAGGAUAAAGAAAAAGAUGCUAUCCUGUUUUUCGAUGGUGAAACUUUUCGGCUUGAGAGACUGAACCGGGCUGUUAAGCGGUUAAGAUAUGUGCGUGUUCCUGGUGAAUCUGUUCCUGCUCCAAAUCCGACCACCGUGUUUGGUCUGACGGAAGAACCUCAUCCACAAUCUACUAGUAAAUUAACCAUGGUUGACCUUCCUGUUACUGACACAGUUCAAGCUGUUAAGGUGGCAGAAAUUGACAUCAGCAAUCCUGUUAGUUUCGAACACAAAAACGAGGACGGACCAUAUUCCUCUGGUGCUAAUCCUCCAGUCACAGCACAAGACGCUAGCGCCUAUGAAUCGGAGGAGGAUGUCAACAUUGAUGAUGAUGAGGACAACGAUGAUGGGCAAAGAACAACGGAAAUGGAAACUACCCCUUGCAAGGAAUUCCGGAAAGGGGGACUCGACAUAGACAUAAACCUUCCACAUCCAGCUGAAAUGGAGGAUGAAGAGAUUAUUGCAGAUGUGGACAUCAACGAUGAUGAAUCCUACAAGGGUCUAAACGCAGCGGAAGCACUGAGAGCUCAAUUGAAUGCAGAGGCAAGAGAGGAAAGACAGAGUUCAAGUUCGAGCAGUGAAGGAAAAAGCGAAAGCACUGAAAGCAAAAGUGAGAGCAGUGGCUGUGGUAGCGGAAGUAGUAGCAGUGAGAGCAGCAGCAGCAACAGCAGCAGCAGUGAAAGCAGUUCUCCUAAUGAAACUGGUAGCUGUGCUAGCCUCUAGAUACAAAAUUGUAUGACAAAUAUAUGUAUGUAUAUGUACAUGUAUGUAGCUCCUUGUGUUUAUGUCUGUAUGUAAAAUCUUAGUUCAAUCCAGAUUAGGAAUGUGGUAGACCUGUGUCUUAGCUUUUAGUUUUAGGGGUUAAUUCUCAUGUAAAUUCUUCCAUGUUUGUAACACUACGCACUAUAGAUGUCAGAAGCCUGAUUUUCUA